UCUCCUGCAUCAGCGCCAGCAUCACUGCCACGCCAGCUUUCGUCACCGGAAAACAACGACGAAGAGCUUCACACUCAAACAGAGGGAGGAAAAAAAACAUCAUCAGCAACAGCAGCUCCUCCUUCACCACCAGACGUGCAGCCACAGCUUAGGCCAAGACGCUUCUACCUUCCCCCGGCAUCUAAAAGCUCCCCACGACACAGAAAAAGCUCUCCCAGGCAUGACCUGAGUGAGGCAGACAAGCCAUCAGUCGCUCUCCAUCGACAUGGGCAACCAGGAGGCUAAGCAAAGGAAAGCUGCAGCAUCGGGAAAUGGAAGCUACCCAUCACUGGAUGAAGGAUGGAGAGAUGGAGGAGGGGAUGUGACAAAAAAGGGAGGAAAGAAGCUGCACGGUAAGCAUGGAGGUAAAGGAGCAGGCAGCAGUGGAGGAGGAGGGGGGAUGCAUGGCACAGGACCAGGCAAGAAAAAAAACAAAUCCGAGUCCAAGCCCUCUGUUUUCUCCAUCCGCAAGAGAAAGAGCAACCUGAAAGGAAAAGGAGACGCAUGCUCCUCUGUAACAGGCUCAAAGGAGGACGUGUUAGCAUCACAACACGAUGAACUGGACAGGACAAAAACACCUGAUUUGUCUGCAGAUGAGCUUGGACAGUCGGACACUGAGGUUGCUUUCCCCGAGAAGCGAAAGAAAGUGAAUCCAAGGGACAAGGAUGGAGAUGGAGGAGGAGGAGGAGAGCAGCGGAAAACCUUGACAGCAGCGACCUCUCCCACAGAGAAUGGAGGGCGGAAGGGAGGGAGUUCGGGGUCAGACACUGAUAUUUACAGCUUCCACUCAGCAGCUGAUCACGAGGAUCUGCUAGCGGAUAUCCAGCUCGCUAUAAGGCUGCAGCACCAACAGCAGGGAGGGGGGGAGGAGAAAAGGAAGAGGAGUAAUGGAGAAGUUAAAUUAACUCCUCCUGAAGAACUUGACCUGACCCCAGAAUUGGAAGUGGCAUCUGAUGCGCUGUCAUUCCUAGAGACAGGGACUCUGUCUGGCUCAGUAAAGCACAUGGACCAGCCUCCAACAAUCACCCCCCCCUUCCACACAGAGGUGCAGGAGAGGAGGGAGGAGAAGGUGCAGAGGGAGGAGGUGGAGCAUCUGGAGUUAAAUGGGGAGGGACAGAGGGAGAGAGAGAGAGAAGCCUCUCUUUGUGUUGCCACAGGCACAAAAGAGCAGCAUGGUUUGGUACUGCAGCCCGCUCACACGGCAGUCACCAUGGCUACUGUAGGGGGGGUAGCAGUCAAGCCAGUCACUAUGACAACCAAUGGCAACAGCUUCCUGGAUCACAAACCCCCAAGGGAGGGGGAGGAAGCAGGAGGUGAAACCCCUCAGGAAGAGAGGGAGCCUGGGGUGGAAAUGGAUCUCAGUCCUCCACCCACAGACAGCCACAACACAAGCACUGAAGCCAUGGAUGGGCUGAGGCCAGACAUCCUGUCCGAGGAAGGUGAGGGUCCGUUGGGCUCGGGUACUAGUGCAGAGUCCCUCGAGGACUGCCUAAGUGCUGGCUCUGAGCACCACUCAACCAGCACCAGUGCCUCCCCCUACACCCAGCAGUGCAGGAGGAGCAGCAUCUGCUUCAGCCCGCUGCCUCCUCAGGAGAGCCCCACAUUGGCCAAACGACUCCUCAGGUCCACCCACUCCUCCACCUCCUCUAGCCCUGUGGUGAAACCCUACCCUCCUAUCUUCCCCUCCUACAUAAAGACCACCACCAGGCAGCUCAGCUCCCCAGGACACUCCCCAGCCCUGUCCCCAUCCCACAGCCCUGUGUCCCCGCGUAGAGUCCACCAUCACCUCCACAGGAUGAUGGCUGAGGCUCACCGGGUGCGUAGGCAGCGCUCCCGGAGCCUGGCUGGGUCUCUGAGUCGCUCAGCUGACUGGACAGAGGAGCUUGAGAGGAGGCUGAGGAGCAGAGAGGAGGAUGGAGGAGGCUCUGGUGGUUCAAGAGAAUAUCUGGAGGGCUACAGAGGAGGAGGCAGCCAGCCCCUGUGUGCGACCAGGAGAUCUUCCUGUGGACAGGUUUCCACUUGUGGCUUUCAGGACAUCUUUACGGGUCGCACCUUGCUAGAGAAGCUGUUCCUGCAGCAGCAGCAGCAGCAGGAGGAGCCCGAGGAGGCAGAGAGGCUGUGCUCCAGGAUCUUGGCCAUGGGUCUCCUGCUACCGUUCACCGACUGCUUCAGAGAGAAGCUGGGUGACAGCACCGCACACAUCACCUCCACAUCAUCAGCCAGGUUUGACCAUGACCAGUUGUAUACAUGGGCAGCAGUUAACCAACCGCCACACUCGCUGGAUCUGCUUGACGGGAGGCCACCUGGGCAGAUCAAGGGUCCCUUGCCCCCAACCAGGCCUGGUUCAGACAAUAGGAACGGAUUCAAAUCCACAGAGGCUGUAUUUGUUGAAGACAAUCAAGAGCAUCCUGCAGACAUGUUGGGUUUGAGGCAACCACAGGAGGAGAGUCAAGAUUGUCUGGAAGAAAGAGUCCUGCCUUCAGCAAAACUGAAAGAGAAGCACAUUAAUGUCAUCCAGCAGCUGGAACAAACCAUAGAGGACCUCAGGACUAAGAUCGCUGAGCUGGAGCGACAGCCCCCUCUACUGGACAGCGACAGUAUGAAACCCACCAUCUCCACCACAGAUAAGGAGUGUGGGGGGGAGGAGGGCUUGCUGAGGGAUGUGUGCGACGCCCACCUGCAGACAGAGGCCCCUCCCUCUCCGGGCUGCCUGGAGGCCAAGUCUGUUCAGACCUCGCCCAUGGACGACGGCUUUAAGUUCAAAGUGCCUUGUAGUGAGUCGGGUGGAGUGAACGGCUUCCUGCACCCCCCACCCAGGCAACACGGCUUCCAGUGUUCGUGCCAGCAGCAGCCUCCCUCUCUGCCCCUUCCAGUGGGAGCAGAGGCCUCUCAUCCAGCACAGACUGUGGCGCCUCCUCCUCCUCCUCCUCCUCCUCCUCCUCCUCCACCUCCUCCCCCCCCACCCUUACAAGUGGGCUCAGUGCCUCCUCCUCCACCGCCACCACCUCUACCACCUGGUUCAGCAGUUCCUCCUCCUCCACCUCCUCCACCUCCUCCACCUCCUCCUCCUCUUCCUGGUGGUCUCAUGCCACCCCCGCCUCCUCCCCCUCCUCUGCCAGGUGGCAGUGCUCCACCCCCACCCCCUCCUCUCCCUGGUGGCACUGCCCCUCCCCCUCCCCCUCCUCCUCCAUUACCAGGAUUUGGAGGCCCACCUCCUCCUCCUCCACCACCACCACCUCCAGGCUGCGGGCCUCCUCCUCCUCCCCCUGCCCCACCAGGACAGAUCUUCGUUCCCCCGGCUCUCCCAGGUGCUCUGGGCUCCCUGCCUCCUCCGCUGCCGUUUGGGCUGUACGCUCUGGGUCUGACUCAGGAGAAACCCCCCAGGAAGGCUGUGGUGGAGCCACCCAGACCCAUGAAGCCGCUUUACUGGACCAGGAUCCAGCUGAACACCAAAAAGGAGGUUUCUUCUUCAUUGGUGUGGGACGCAAUCGAGGAGCCUGACAUGGACUUUGAAGAGUUCGUGGAGUUGUUCUCGAAAACAGCUGUGAAGGUUAAGAAGCAGCCGCUGUCCGACACCAUCACCAAGUCCAAGGCCAAACAGGUUGUGAAGCUCCUGAACAACAAGCGAUCUCAGGCAGUAGGAAUCCUCAUGUCCUCCCUGCACCUCGAUAUGAAAGAUAUCCAGCAUGCCAUCCUGAACUUGGACAACACAGUAGUGGACCUGGAGACCCUGCAGGCCCUGUAUGAAAAUAGGGCACAGCAGGAGGAGCUGGACAAGAUUGAAAAGCACAUCAAGUCCUCUAAAGACAAAGAGAAUGCUAAACCUCUGGACAAACCUGAGCAGUUCCUCUACCAGCUCUCCGUGAUCCCAAACUUCUCUGGCAGAGUUUUCUGCAUCCUUUUCCAGUCCAGCUUCUCCGAGUGCAUAUCGUCGAUAACGAGGAAACUGGACACACUGCAGAGAGUCUGUGAGGCCUUAAAGGACGGUGAGACAGUGAAGAAGGUUCUGGGUCUGGUCCUGGCCUUUGGUAACUUCAUGAAUGGUGGUAAUCGAACCAGGGGCCAAGCUGAUGGCUUCACCCUCGACAUCCUGCCCAAACUGAAAGAUGUCAAGAGCAGCGACAGCACGAGAAGUCUUCUGUCUUAUAUUGUUGCUUACUACCUCAGACACUUUGAUGAGGAUGCUGGCAGGGAGACGUGUGUGUAUCCAAUCCCAGAGCCUCACGAUUUGUUCCAGGCUUCACAGAUGAAAUUUGAAGACUUUCAGAAAGACCUGACUCGACUCAGGAAGGACCUCAGAGCAUGUACAUCAGAAGUUGAAAAGGUGUGCAAAGUUUCAGAUGAGGAUAACUUGCAGCCUUUCAAAGAUAAUAUGGAGGACUUCCUGACACAAGCUAAAAGUGAAAUGGAGACACAUGAAGGUCAACUCAGCAGCACUCACAAACUGUUCCUGGAGCUCACAGUGUUCUUCUCAGUGAAGGCCAAGGGGGGAGAGAAGGAGGUCUCACCCAACACGUUCUUCUGCAUCUGGCAUGAGUUCUCCUCUGACUUCAAGGACCAGUGGAAGAAGGAGAACAAAACCAUUCUUAAGGAGAGGUUAAAAGCAGCAGAGGAGUGCUUCCGUCAAGCCAAGGAGAAGGCUUCCUACAGCGUCAAACCUAAACACGCCUCUGGCAUCAAAGCCAAGCUGGGAAUGAAGAUCUGACUCCUGGCACGUAUGUUUUGCCAACUGUGGGCACCAGCAGUGAGUCAAAGACAAACAGCAUGAAGAGGACGGAAAAGAAAAAGGAAGGGACAGUACUAAUGCGAACGGCAUGUACUGUAUGUGCAGCUGUGCCCACUCUGGACAUCUUGUUUGAUCAUUGGUUCAUUUGCAGAUGAUCACUUUUGUCUGCUCUGUCAUCCUGUUGCCUUAUGUUGCUAAGUACAACACAGUCAUGGGAGGAUGCUGCUGCAGGGGCCACCAGGCACAAGGAAUCGUGGACUGCUGGGCUCAGUGCAGCUCACACACAUGACAUACAUUAUACAUCAGCUGGAAUAACUCACUGUCUGUGCAACCUAUAAGUCCAUGGUAAAACAAAAACCCCAAUAAUCAACAUUUUGCUGCAGAAUGGUGCAAGUCAAACAGUAAGACCACAAUGUUUCAGGAGCUAUGAAUAUGUUGAGCACUUAUUCCCCCAGACUAUAACCUCCACAAAUCACCACAAGCUCAGUGAGGAAGACAGCUGGUACAAAAUGUGACAUGACUCGGUUUUACAUUAUUAAUAUUAACUGUCUGACAGGGCACAUGGUGUUAUUUCAGUUUAAUUCCUAAACUCUCCCUGUCAGUAUUCCUCAGUUGGCCUCGGCUAUGCAAAAAGAGAAAAAAACAUACAUACAGAACUGAGUCUGUGCAGGAUUCACAGCAGUAUUGUCCCAAACAGAGACGGAGACUUCAGUUCAUGUCUCCUCAUAAUGUGAAAAUCCUCAGGACGUACACACAGUUUAUAGAACUUGAGCAGAGGGACCUUGUAGCUUUCCAGCCCAUUGAUUCCAUGUUGCAGGUUUUCAGGAACAUCAGCUUGAUCCACAUUAAACAGCUUUACAAAUGCAUUCAUUUGCUUUUGUUUUGCAAACUCAGACGUCAGAGCAGGCUUUUGUUUUGCAGAGUAUGGAAAUGCACAGUGUUACCCGUCACUCACUUAUAUUUAGCUUCAAAUGGUUGUACAUUUGAAAACAGAAAGCUGAGAAGCAGGUUGGGACUUUGCAGCUUGAUGAGCUACUUGGUGAUGUCCAACAUGACCGCCAAAUCACACAGUGAGUUCCAUGACAGGUUUCUUCCUUUAUCUCCAUGAGUUGUUGAAUUACAUCAACCUUUGCAUCUCACUGUGGUUAAUCACAUCUUCAUCUUCCACCUCAAGCUCACUCAUCCUUGGAGUGGUGUCUGUUUAGCCAUCUGCUUCCAACAAAAAAUAUGUUGGAAAUGACAGCUCUCAUUUCCAUUUUUUAGAUUCUGUCCACACAUACAUGUAUGAUACAGUGUCAAGCAACUAAAUCACAUGACCGAAACUGAGAUGCCUCAUUUCUUAUCAAUGCAGUUAUUCCUUCUCGCAGGCCAACCACGGCUGGGGAUCUAUCUCUACUAACUUUUCAAAUGGUUGUUCAGUUUCCAUAGAGCCAUGCAUGGCUUGUAAAGACAAACAAAAACUGUCUUGUUGUUCUGUAUUGGUUAUGUCUGUAGUUUUCUCAUAGGUCAGGGGUGAAAAUCUGGAAAAACUCCCACUGUGUGUUUUUAUCUUGCUCCAAAUCAUUCAUCUAACAAGGCUCCUUUACUUAUUCUCCUUCUGAAUAAGGCUUCAGUUUCUUAACAAUCAGCUCCCUCAGCGUCAACUUGAUCACAGAGCAUUUGUUCUCGAACUCAUCUGGUUUAGCCGCAAGUUUUCCAGCUGUAAUGAUGCUGAGAUUGUUUUUUGCAUCACUGUGAUACUGGUUUGUCUUAGUCAUGGGAGAAGACAAACAUCUGCAUCUGCAAAUCCCUUAUUUUUGUUACCUCACGCAAGAAGGUUACGUUUUCAGUCACAUAGUAUUUGGCUUUUGGUAUAGCAUUAUGUGAUAAUGUAGAAAGCACCUUAUAUUUUGGCUCUACAACUACCAUGAAUAAGAAUGUGUUGUUGGUGCAAGAUAAAUUCCCACCAUUUAGAGUUUUCAUCCUUUCUUACUAUUUUCAUCCGGUCUAAAUCUCACCAUAUCUAUGGUAUAUGUCUUGUUAUGCCAUUAUUAUGUCUCCUGAAACAUCGAAAACAAAAGGAAUCUUAAAAAAUCAGCAGCCAUUGAUGUGACAGACAGCUGGAUUGACUGGCAUUGAUAAGCAGCACUUAGGGACAGUUGGUGAUAUACAGAUAUAUUCUGGCUAUACUGUCCAAAUGUUAAAGUAAUGGUUCCAACAUCCUGUAUUGAAAAGUAACAUAAAUGUGGGUUAGCCCAAACAACAACCCAGCACACACUUGGACUCAUACACCCUGACCUUCCAAUCAGAUUGAACCUCUCAGUAGAAAGUCACACACAGUAUACAAUCUAUACAGCACUGUUGAUUGGUAGGACAAGUCAGCUUACAUGUGUAUUUAAAAUGUAUUACAGUGAUAUGCCAUAUCAUAUCAGAUACAACAAGUGUGUGUGUGUGUGUGUGUGUGUGUGUGUGUAUGUGUGUGUGUGUGUGUGUGUGUGUGUGUGUGUGGCUGAUAGCUGUGAGUUGGAGGAUGUGUGUCACACUAUGAAUCACAGCCGUUACAUUUUCUUGUAGAAUUAAUGACUUUGUUAAUGUAAAAUAAUAAAUGAUAAUGAGACACAAU